AUGAGUACGCCGCAGAAUUGGCACAAAUGGCUAGUGUUGUCGUUGUUCGGAUUGGCUUUGUCCGUUCGCACAAUUGGAUGCGAUUACAGUUCCAUCGCCGAGAAAUUUGGAGCGGAAGCUGUGGCUCGAUGCAAUGAAAAAUGCCCUUUCCAGAAUCGAACGGGGGACGGCCAUUUCGACGUUAGCUGUGGAUCUGACUGCAGUGAACAACAAUGCAGACUUGGUUGCAGUCUUUGGUUAGAAGGAUUAGAAAAUUCUUGUCAAACUGUUUGUAAUGUUACUUCAGAGACAGUUUUCUCUCGAGAGCUAUACUGUGUGAUGGGUUGCAAUGAAGCUCUUAACGCCUAUUUUCAAAACAUUCGAGAUUUAUUAGGAACGCCUCCAGCACCAGCGCUCGUUGCAGACAGUCUUACAGCAACUUCGUUGUCAUUAGUGUGGGAUGCACCUAACCUGGGCAAUCUCAGUUAUCUUGUACAAUGGCGUUACGAAGAACUACCCGGUACCUGGCAGUAUUAUUCCAAUUCGAGUGAUUCCGACAAAUCUAUAAUUCACGUAGAAAACCUACGACCAUAUACUAAAUACAGAUUUCGAGUUGCCAUAUUUUUAUCGGGCCAUAGCGGCGCUGGCGAGCCAGUAUAUUCAAUGCCAUCAGUUGUGAUAUCGACAUUAGAAAGUGGAAAGCCAAGUUCAGCUCCAAGCGCCUUAAGGGCGGCAGCACCUGAUCCUAGUCGUGUAGCGAUUUCAUGGGAACCUGGACCUUUUCCUAAUGGUCCAUUAAUAUCAUAUGUGCUGAGGCUUGCAGACACCCAGCCUAACACUAAUGAUGCAAUUGAGGAUAUGCCAGCAUCAAACAACACGCUAUUCUACAUGUUCCAAAAUUUAGCCCCAGCUAGAGAGUAUGAAGUAUCAGUAGCAAUGCGAAAUGCAGUUGGAGAAGGGCCUAGAGCUUAUGUUAAAAUUAAAACUCCACCGUUACCUACAUCUGUUCCUAGUCAACAACCAAUUUUAAUUUUGGGAAGUGAACACAAUAUUUUUGCGGCGCCUGCAAAUGAUAUGCUAUCCGUUCCUGUGGAACUUUACAGCACUGAACAUAAUAUAACGGGCGUUGGACUCGAUUUAUCUAGCAAUUCUUUAUUUGUAUCUGUCUCAAAUGGAUUUGUUUAUCGUAGUUCCUUACUUAAAAAGAGCCCCUCUGAACCUAUACUCAUGCCUAAGAACAUAAAGUACAAACCUUUGGAUCUAUCUGUGGAUUGGCUGAACCGACACUUGUAUGUACUUGGUGUGCAACAACACAACUCUAGUUUGUAUUCUACUUGGGAAAUACUGCGAUGCGACUUUGAUGGAAAAAAUCAAAUAGUUGCUUAUUCUGGUGUCAAUUCCCGCCCGAUACACUUCGAAGUUGAUGCUUACAACGGUUACUUAUUUUGGGCACUGCGUGGUGUUGAACGCGGUGGCCUGUACAGAUUGGAUUUAGCAAAUAUUUCUAACGGUGUUCCACAUGACUCUCGACCUGAACACAUUGUUAGGGAUGCUCAUCUCGGAGCUUUUACAGUAGACCAUGCUGAUUUUAGAUUACUUGUUGCUCAUCUAAGACGUAAUACAGUGCUCGCAGUUUCGCUAGACGGACGCGAAGUAACUGAUUUUCGAAGUAACACACAGACACCAAUGUUUUUCUCGGCGCGGUCAAUAGCAUAUGCUAAUGGUCUGUUUUAUUGGACUAAUGGACAGGAAAUGUUAACAGAAGAAUAUCACCGUGGAAGUGAUAGUUACUUUCAUAAUGAAUAUCCUCUAGCAUAUAAUACCAAAAGGGUAGCUACUAGACAAGUUUUAGUUGCACUAAGAAGUUGUCAGCCGAUUCCUGUUCCUGUUAAUCCUCCUUUAGGCGUUCAAAGUGUGAUGGGUAUAAACAGAGCAAAAAUUUCGUGGUCGCCUCCCCAUCUUUUAGGGCACCAAGGAGCUGGGGCUUGGCAAAAAUGGACAUUUCAUUUACAACUAACAGAACCAUCAUCUGGAGAAGUUAUUAAAAUAGAAAAUAUAAAUGAAUCCCUGCACGUCGUUGAAAAUUUAAUUCAGGACACCGAGUAUGUUAUUCGAGUAGCAGCGGUUACAGAGUCAGGCUCGGGGCCAUGGUCAACAGAAUUCGUUGGAAGAACUUUGACAUUCUCACCUACCACUUUGCAAAGUACUUUAUUGUGGUCAGGCCCUGAUGGGCUCUUGCAAACUGAUUUAACAGGUGACAAAUUGCAAACUCUAAUUGACAGGGCGGAUCUUAAAAAUUUGUUCAUCACUGAUAUUUCAUGGUAUAGAGAUAAGCUUUAUUUGGUGACAAACGCAUCAACGGUAAUGUGGUACAAUAUAACGACUCGUGCAAAGGGAAUAAUGCCCAAUAUGGACGACGUUGGCAGUUUGGCUGUAGAUUUCGUCGGUAAAAAGAUUUAUUGGUCAAAUCCGAAACAACAAUUGAUAACGAGAGGUAACUUUGACGGUAGUAACAGGGAACCUGUUCCUAUUGUGUCCGUGGCAAAAGAACUUACCAUUGAUUCUCUGGGAGCCUAUAUAUACUGGAAUACGGGUCACGCUGUUGAGGCUGCUCGGUUAAAUGGAGAAAACAAAAUUGUUUAUUAUCCAGCACAAUUAUUUAGCGGGAAACAAGUAAUGGGUCUCACUGCGGACUUGGACAAUAGAUGGCUUUAUUGGCUAGUCAGAAGUUACGAUGGUUCAGAAUUGCAUCGAGCGCAGACAGCGGACAGAAUUUCUGUUGGAAUUAAUGAGAUAUCUGGAUCACUAAUAACACGUUUAUCGGGAACAGCGACACUCGGUCCUCUUUGCUACUUCAGCGGGAGGCUAGUGUGGGUACAGGAUGCCUCUAGAGCGGUAGUUUCUGAUUUAGCGGGGAAGUAUACUGCAGAACUGAUUCCACGUGUACAUGUCAUUGCUGUAAGAGAUCCAACCCUUCAUAAAGACAGUGAGUCGCUCAUCGCUAUACCUGAGACAAUAAAUGCAACAUCUAUCUCAGUGGAAGGUGAAUGGAACAAAUUUAACGUUACAUGGGUACCGGCGGUCCGCGUAAAUGUCAAUAACAGCAAGGUGUACUACGACGUUAGCUUAAAUUUCCUUGGGCAGCAUAAAAUUGAGAGGACGGUGGACGUAGCGCGGGUGGAGAUAUCGUCUUCCGUGUCGCCGUACAGCGGCAUGGAGGUGACGGUGCGAGCGCACACGCAGUGGGGCGGCGGCGCGGUGGCGCGCGCCGCUCUGCGCACCCCGCAGGCGCCGCCCGCAGCGCCGCGCGCGCCGCGCGUCUACGUGCAGCCCGCACACAGCGGCCUGCCGCUGACGGCCACGUUCCGCUGGGAGGCGCCGGCCCGCAGCAACGGCGUGGUGCGCGGCUACGAGGCGCAGUGCUGGGCGCUGGCCGCGCGCUCGGCGCCCGCCAAGCCGUCCGCCUGCGCCGAUGCGCGCCUGUCGCCUUUACACACGCAGCUCAUGCUUCGCGACUUGGCGCCCGCUUCCACAUACUUCUUUCAGGUACGAGCGUUUACCGACGCUGGAUUCGGACAAUAUUCUGAAGUAGUCUCGGCUUCGUCUGAUGAUGUGAAUCCUAUACCGAAAGUCAUGAUAUCGUCCCAAGAAUCGAUUAAAAUUGUCGAUUUGGACUCAGGUGAAAGUGAAAUUAUACCAAAGAGUACGGGAAUCCCUAUUGACUUUGAUGUUGCUAUCGAGGAAAACAUUGCUUAUUGGGUUAACAAUUUAGAAGAAAUUUUUUCGUCUAGAAUAAAUGGCAGUAGCAACUAUAAGUUAAUAUCCAUUAACGGAACAGCGAGUAGUAUUUGUGUUGAUUGGGUCAGCCGGUCAGUAUACUGGACUCAACGAGAGUUAGCUUCCACGGAAUCAUAUGUGAUGUAUCGAGCUGACAUAGGAAUCGCCAACACUCGUCCAUAUCUUAAACGAAUUUUGACUAGAAAACAGCCAGUAUACAGUUUGCAGAUAGCUCCUAUGUUAGGAUCCUUGUACUGGUACGAAGAAGGUACACAUCCUGAUUUCGGAGUUCUGAUGACAUCAAAAACAGACGGCUCUAACGUUAAAACAUUUUUUAAUAACACUGAUGAAGAUGUUUCCUCGUCUGAUUUUCAAGACGAGUGUAAUUGUCCCGAUAAUCCUCAAAUUUCAAAGAGUUUCAUAAUUGACUUAACAAGCGAUAAUUUAGAAUUGUAUUGGAUCGAUCCCUGGGCUAAUCGUAUCAUUGUGUCGGAUGGACAAGGCUGCUCUUGUAGAAACGUUAUUGACGCCACAGAGAAAAGAAAGUACGGGUUUCCGCCAAUGUCGAUGACAGUUGAUAGCAAGUACAUUUACUGGUAUAACUCGACCGAAAAAAAUAUUUACUACACAAAUAAAUUGAAGAAAAACAAAGUAGAACAGAUCAAGACUUCGUUUGGUUACAAAAUUAUGGCGUUAGACCCGGCCAAUCAGCCUUAUCCUCCUAGACCAUGUUUAUUUCCCGUCCUACAGGAAGUUUAUCCUACUGUUUCUUCUUAUUCAGCAAAUAGCAUAACUUUACGAAUGCCGCCAGUAAGUAAGCCAAGUAAAUGUCAAAAAAUAGUAUAUGACAUGACGGCUACGGAAUUUACAGUAUUCUAUGGAUUACAUAUGAACAACGACACUACUAAAUGUGAUCGAGACUCUUGCUCUUACAUUACCACCACCAGUAAUGAAGUUGUACUCAGCAAUUUAAAACCUUUUACGACCUACACAGUACAUCUAGAAGCUACUAACUAUUACGCUAAACUUCACGAAGUGAGACCAAUUGUUGGAGCAACUGUCAUCUUGCAGACCGCUGCUGAAGCUCCAACCGCUCCAACUGGUGUUAAAGGAGUAGUCCUGAGCCCGGUGCUUGCUCGGGUGGAGUGGACCCCAAGCCCGGGGCUGUGGUACGAGUUACACUGGAGGACGGAUGAUACACCGUCUCUGUCACAUAAAUUAAAAGAGCACAACACGUUCGAAGUGUCAUCGGGACGCAGUGCCAACAUGACGCGCCUGUCACCCGCAACGUCGUACACGGUGUGGGUGCGCGCUCGCUCCCCGCACAGCGCAGUGGCGGCGGACAGCGCGGCGCUACGACUGCGCACGUUCCCACUUCCAGCUCCGCUAGCGCUGCGGAACGCCACUGCCUACCAGCUGCUCGUUAUAUGGCCGCCACCCACCGCUUACCCAUUGCACAAUUACACGGUGCAAUAUACUGAAACGUCGAGUAUAGUUGACGAGUGGAAGUUAUGUGAGCAGAGCGACAACGCAGAGUGGAAGGCGAAGGAGCUCCGACCGCGGACCCGCUACCGCUUCCGUCUGCGCUUGCAGUACGUGCCGGACUCUCCGCUGUACCACUGGCCAAACGACGAUCGGUUCACCUAUGAAACUCUUGGCGACGCGCCGGGCGCGCCGGGCGCGCUGCGCGUGGAGGCGCUGGGCGAGCGCAUGCUGCGCGCCUGGUGGGCCGAGCCCGACGCGCACGGCGCGCCCGUCGAGGCCUACCGCGUGUGGGGCCGCCCGCACAAUAGGAUAAAUUAUAUCGACGAAAAUUUGACAAUGAACAUAAGCGACAUAUUGCCUGCGAACAUACCCGAUGACGUUGACGAAAACUUGAAGUUGCAAAUCGCUCGGGAAGGCCUCGAACUGCUUCACAAUGGAACUGAGCCGUACUGGCUGGUGGGCGCGGGCGCGGUGGCGGCGGGCUACACGGCGGUGGUGCAGGCGCGCAACCGCUACGGCUGGGGCCCGCCGUCGCGCGCCGCCGAGCUGCUGGCGCCGGCCGCCGCGGCGCGCGCGCCCGCCGCCGCGCUGGCGCUGGCCGGCGCCGCGCUCGCCGCGCUCGCGCUCUGCGUCGCCGCCGCUGUCUUCUACGGAUAUAAUAACCGAAGCAAGAAAAAAGCAGCUAUCGAAAGUCAACUAACAGCUAACAUUGUAAGAAGAGGGCCCGAUGUUGAACUGGCGACACUGCGACAACUUCCGAUUCGACACUCCACGAACAUUUUAUAUAACCAGGGGGUUCACUGUCCAUCGGACGCAGAACUAGCCAGCUUACCGCACAUACGGCGCGAACAAAUAACUCUCACUAAAUUCCUGGGUUCAGGAGCGUUUGGUGAAGUUUUCGAAGGUGUCGCCCGACAGCUCAACAAUAGUAACACGGACACAAAAGUAGCUGUUAAAACUCUUCGCAAAGGAGCAACGGAACAAGAAAAGACUGAAUUCCUAAAAGAAGCUGCAUUAAUGUCCAAUUUUAAACAUGAACAUAUUCUGCGACUGUUAGGCGUCUGUCUCGACAAUGAUCCCAACUACAUUAUUAUGGAGCUGAUGGAGGGAGGCGACUUGCUUAGCUAUCUUCGAUCAAAAAGAACUUCUCUGUACACGGCCGCAUCGCUGACUCUAUUGGACCUGCUGAACAUGUGCGUGGACGUGACGAAGGGCUGCCGCUACCUCGAGGAGAUGCACUUCGUGCACCGCGACCUCGCGUGCCGCAACUGCCUCGUGGCGCAGCGCGGGGCCGCGCGCGUCGUCAAGAUCGGAGACUUCGGCCUCGCGAGGGACAUUUAUAAGAACGACUAUUAUCGCAAGGAGGGAGAGGGGUUGCUACCGGUUCGCUGGAUGGCCGUGGAAUGUUUAGUGGAUGGAGUGUUCUCCUGUCAGUCCGAUGUAUGGGCUUGGGGUGUCCUCUGCUGGGAGGUGCUGUCGCUGGGCCAGCAGCCGUACCCCGCGCGCACCAACCGGCAGGUGCUGGCGCUGGUGCGCGCGGGCGGCACGCCCGACCGCCCGCCCAACUGCCCCUCUGCCUUUUACGAGUUACUACAAAAAUGCUGGAGUUAUAAUGCCGAAGCGCGGCCGUCAUUCCGACACUGCCUCGAAGUGGUAACGGCUCUCCGAGACAAGACUUCCCCCAACAUUACUCUGACUGCGACCGCAGAGCCCGCUCCACACUACCUCACGCUGCUCGGAGACGCAUGUUCAGAUGCCGUUGACAACCGCACCUACCUGCUGGACGAGAAUGACAAUACUCUAGACGAAGAGUUCCCGGAGCAAGAGAUGGAGCCUUCGCACUUAUUGCCGCGCGCCCCUAAAUACUUGGAGCUAAUGUACGACAGCGACUCGCCGGCUAGUAUCGCAUGCGACGGCUAUGAAGUCCCACGUACACCCUACGCGCCCUUUUCGCGCCACAGUAUAGUGGGCGUGGCCCCAAACCGCCUAUUGCGACCGCCGCUAUAUCGAACCCAUUCGCUGCGAGCAAAUACGAGGCCCCCCAACGCCACCAUCAUCCCUCUUCGGAACGGUAUUAUCAAGAGGGCCUCUCUAAGCGAGGGCCUCGAGCCGCGCCCGGGCCCCUCGAGAAAGCUCGACCUCGAUAAGCACAUCUUUAAGACUACGUUUUGAACUGUGAUAUUAGACAAUUCGUUUUAAUUCCACCGAGAGACCAUAUUUUAUUAUUUAAUUAUUUAUUUCGUUAAUUUAGUCGGUAUGUACAUAUGUGGAUCGUUGUAAAUAUUAGUCUAGGGUAGACGUGGGUCGUAGACGGGUGGAAAAUUAGGUGACGGGGAAAGAACUGAAACUAUGUUGUCACAAUAGUUAUGCAUUUAUUUUAUUGAUAGAACUUAUUAUAACAAAAAUAAUGUAUGGUUCUUCUAUGAUCUUAACCUAAUAAAGAUGGAGACAUAGUAUGGUAUCAGUAA